AUGUUUUUAGAAACAUGGGAUCCAGAUAAUUGUAAAUUACUUUAUGAGACUUUAUUAAGUUUAUCAGAAGGAGCAGUUAUUCCGGAAACAUCAUUAGAACAUAUCUUACAAUCAUUUUAUAAUGACUUUAGAACUCUUUUACAAACACCAAGAAAAUCAGAACAGAGUUUAGCAGAGCUUAAAUUAGUAGGAAUAAUACACCUAGAUGGCGUUAAGUCUAAAUUAAAUGAUACUUUUAUUUCAGAAGCACUUAAUCUAUCAAAUAAGCUUAACCUCGAUGAAAUUCUCUCAGCAAAAUUAAUUCAUUAUGGAAUCAAAAACUCUAAAAAAUUAGAUAGAUCGAUUUUACAUACUUCUUUAUUCCUUUUUUAUUCUAGACAAAAAUAUCUUUUAAACAGUCUAUCAAUAAUAUUGUUAUAUGCAAAAAAUGGUUUAGGAAAUAACGAAUUAUUAAAAUAUUUUGAACAAAUAAUUAAACUUACUUUUCAAGAAAAUAUCGAAGAUCCUAAAAAGAAUACAUCUUGUUCAGAAAAAUGCUUACAUGCUAUGGAAGAUUUAAGAACACAAAUAUUUAAUAUUUUUUAUCAAAAAAAAACUGAAAGCUUCAAUGAGUAUAAUCAAAGUGAUGAAUAUAUAGAAGAAAUAAAUAUAAAGAAGAAAUUCAUACUACAAGAACAUGAAAUUUAUGGGAUUCUUUUAUAUAGACUUUCAAAUUUGCACAUGAUCAGUAUUGAUGAUUUUGAAAAAAUUAUUCAUCGAAUUUCUUUAUUUAGUGAAUACGAUCCACUUAUAACUCAUUUUCUUCCUGUAAUUAUUAAUUUCAUUAGACUAGAAAGUGAAGUAUCAUUUUCAGAAAAUCAAGAUAAUUUAGAAAGUAAUUUUACUUAUUAUAAUAUGGAAAUUCUCCUUAAAAUAAAUGAAAUAGUCAAUCCAAAACAUGAAAAUGAAAAAAAAUGGGGAAUACAAUCUUUGAAAUCUGUUAUUCAAUUAUGGUGGACUACAAAACUUAAUGGAAUUUGCAAGAAAGACCUUGAUAUUUCAUUUCCUUUCAAAUAUAAUGAUGAUAUAUAUAACCCGAGUAGAGAAGCAAUCUCUUCUGGUGCAUUUGAAUUAAUGAUAGAAAAAAUAAUGGAUUCUCUUCGUUUUAAAACAAAAAAUUUUUUACGAUUAGAAGACUAUAAAUUGAUUUUAAAUUAUCCAAAAAUUAAAAGAGGAAUAGAUAUACCAGAAUUGACAUUUUCUGCAGUAUUUCAAGAAAUCAUGUUUUAUGAAAUAGAAAUAUUUAUUCAUUCUUUUAUCAGUGAUAUGCCUGAUUUAUUAAAAAAUAUGAAACUUGUUGAGGAAGACAUAAUAAUGACGCAACAAUCUUUAGAUAUUAAUACAGAAGAUAAAAUUGAACUAAGUUUAGAAGCAUUUUUUUACCUUAUCUCUUUACUCUAUGAAAACCGACAAGAUUCAGCGCUUGCAUUUUGGCUAGACAGAGAAAGUGACCUUUAUGGAUUUAUUUUGUGGUCAUCUCAGUGUCAAACUCCAUUAAUGAUUUCUGCUUUUUCAACGAUGCUAGCAUCUUUAGCAAAUGGACCUCAGUGUAGCACUUAUGCAUAUGAUUUUUUAACAGAAACAAAAGGAACAGAAGCCAUAAAAAUACAAAAUAAUGUAACAACAUGGGAAUAUAUUUUCGAUACAUUAAAAUAUUAUGUUUCUCAGCUAAAGUCAACACCUUUUGAUUCAUCUGUUGGUCCUUCUCACAUGUUAACAGUAACUAUUGAUUUUCUAGAAGUUGAUCAUGAUAGUAAAAGUAUUCUAAAGUCUUAUUUUCAAUUAAUUGCAUCAAUUUUAUCUUAUUGUCCUUCUAUUUCUAACACUCUUCAUCAAAAAUACAAUCCAAUCCCUAUAUUAUUUGAUUUAUUAAAUUGUCGAUUAUCAAGUGAUAUGUAUUGUGGAAUAUUAUUAACAUUAACGUCAUUUUUAUCAGGAAAAAGCCUAGAAAUUAGAGAUACAGUCUGGAAUUUACUUGAUCAAUGGGCAUAUCAACAGAACAACAGAAUUUACUUAAAUUUCUCUACAUAUAUGCUACCUAAUAAGUUAAAUGAUUUAUCAAAGUCAUAUACAAAAAUCGAUCGAACAUUGAGAAUAUUUGUUUCAAGUUCAUUGUCUUUGGCCAUAGCAUUUAUUCUACUAUUAAAUAAUUUAAUUAUACCUAUAAACGGCUUCAAUAAUAUUCCUUUUCCAGAAAACCUAGGAUUGAACAGAAAAGAUCCAGGAAUACAACCUUUUAUUGAUUUAGUAAUGGAUCUUUUUUUAACAUCGAAUUCAUUAAUACUAGACAACAAAAUUGGAGGAUUACAAUUAUUUUCAGAAUGCUUAAAAUUUAUCCAAUUAAGUUUAAAAACAUUUAAUUUAGAUGUUAUUGAGUUUGCAAACUUUAACAAUAUAGAAAUCAAUAAACUCAUUAAAACAUUAUCUCUUUCAUCUUAUUUAAAUUUACAUCCAGGAAAUAGAAUUAUGCAACAUAUGUAUCGCAGUAAUAUAUAUAUAUGUUUAUUUGAUUUCAUUCAUAUUGCUUUGGAAACAAUAGAGAAAACAGAGUGCGAUCCUUUAUGGUUAUGGUGUCUAGAUAAAUCUCUCGACAUAUUAAAUAUAAUUUUACAUUUACAGUUACCUUUUUUAGAAUGGAAUUCAUCUAUUACCACAAAUCAAUCAGCAUAUGUAGGACCAAACAUUUAUAACAAGAUAAACUUCGAAAAAUUUGAAAAUAUUAUGCUUUUUCAUCUUAAUAUUAUAGUUUACAUAAGCUUAUGUAUUGGAAUUAAUUCUUUGAAUAUAUCAAAAACUGCAGUAUCUAUUCUAAAAAAAUUAUCAGAUUUUCCACACUUAACUGAUACAAAAAACUAUAAAAAAUCUAAUAAUUUAAAAAAAAAUAGAUUAUUAAGCAUUCUUGAAACAGUUGAUGAAUCAAAAAGAAUAAGAUUUGGUGCCAUUAAUCUUAUUCAGAUUGAACAAAACUGUUUCUUAAGUUCUUAUAUAAAUCAAAAUACAGCAAGUAGAUUUUUUUUAGAAUUUCUUAUUUGGGAUUUACAGAAACAUCAAAAUAUUCCUACAUUAUCACAUUUUUUUUUAGGAUUUCAAAUAUUAGAAAAUGGAACGUUUAAUAUUGGAACAGAAAAAGGAGAAAUUGGUUCAGAAAUUUCAAUCUUGCACUGUUUAUUAUCUUUUAUUCAAAAUUCAUCUGAAAUACCAAAAACGUUAUUAGAUUCUCCUGAAAAUAGCUCAUCAAAUACAAUUAUGGAAGUUAUUAUGCAUAUUAUAUUUUUGUUAUUUAAAUCACCACUAACAUCAAAUAUUAUCUAUGAUAUUUUAAAAAAAGAAAAAGACAUUCUAGUAAAAUUAUUAUCAUCAGAACCGUUAACAUGGAUACUUCCAAAAUUAAAUUUUUCUAACUUAGAUACAUUUUCAUUAAAACCUAUUAAAAUCCUUUUGUAUCGUGGUUGGUUAUUUCAUAUAAUAGCUAUUAAACUACGUAAAGUAAUUUUAUAUAAUGCUACUACACUUCAAAAGUAUUAUACAAAAGCUCUUACUUUUUACGAAACAAAGAGGAAUCAAAAAAAAUAUUCACAUGUAUUAAAUCAAGGGAUUCAGAUUUUAAAGUACUUAGAUUUAUUUGAAUUAGAUAUUAUAACAGAUAACCAAGAAUAUAUUUUAGAAAAAACAGAACGAAUAUUUUCAAAUAUUCCUAAAUCAUCGGAUUCAUUAUAUGAUAUAAAAAAAAUCAAAACAUUUUUAAAAUUCAAAACUUACGAGUUAAAAAGCAAAAAAAAAACCAAUGACCAGGAAAAAACAUCUACAACUAUAGAAAAAGAAUUGAUUUCACAGGUUAAAAUAUCUAAUAUUUUAAUCGAAAUGAACAAUGCCAGAUUACUUUGUUUUCAAGGAUGGUUUAAUCUUCUAGGCGUUUUACUUGAAGACUGCACAAUUCAUUUGACUCAAUCACAGAAAGACCUACUUAUUACAGAAAGUUUAAAAAUAUUAACCCCUAAAUUAAUAAAUUUUAGCAAAAAAAAUAAAAAUAUAAUCGAAAUUUGUAGUUCAGCUAUUUUAAUCUUAAUCCAACAUAUUACUAGAAAUGCUAUAUAUGAAGAAAAAUAUUUAUUUUUUUUUAAAAAUAUUUUACUUGGUAUUCAAAAUCCAAAUACAAGCGAAACUAUUAGACAGAAUUUAUAUAUAAGCGUUGUAUCUUAUUUAAAUACAAUAUUUAGUCUUCUAAAGCAUGAAGAAAACCAACUAAUUGACAAUAAGCUUCCUAAAGAUUAUAUAAAUAUUUUAAAAAAGAAAAAUAAUAUUUCUCAAAUAAUUGGAUCAUAUAACAAUCGAUUAAUGGAUAUCGUAUGUAGAGAUGCCAUAUAUGGAUCAGGAAUUUCAAAAAUACUUUCUUAUUUAAUUCUUAAUUUAGCUGGAAAAUUAGAUACUAUGGUAUUCCUUGAUCCAUUGUGGGAUAUUUUGAUUCAUCAAAAUUAUCUACAAAUAUUUGUAGCAUCACUUUGGGAAAGUGAAGAACUAAAUGCUUUAGUGUUUACAAAAUUUGAUAAUUCAUUAGAAGAAACAAUUGUAGAGGCAAAACUUGUCUUUAUACUUAAAAUAAGUCAAACUAGAAUUGGUGCUCAAGAAAUUCUGAAAAAUGAGCUAUUUGAUUAUUUAAUAAGAAAAAAAGACUUUAUCCAAAAUACAUUGAACAAUAAGAAAACUAUAAAAAAAGAUUAUCAACAUGUUCUAAACAAACACGUACAUUUAGUUUGUGUAAUACUUAGAAUUUUAGUUUCUUGUAUGAUUUCUUUGGGCUUAAAAAAUACAAUAGCACAUAAUAUCGGAAAGAAAUUUUAUACAGCAUAUCGUGAAAUUAUUGUUUUUUUCAAAGAAAACAACAUCAAAACUCACUUAGAAAACAAUGAAAUAGAAAAUACAUUAAAAAUAACAAAUACCCUUGAAAUGAUUUUGGAAAAUUAUCAACCUUUAAAUUCAUAA